UUAGCAACCACUGCGGGUUCAGACACAACCGCAGAUUCAGCCACCACUGUCGCAUCAGCUACCACUUCGGAUUCAGCUACAACUGCAGAUUCAGCCACAACUGCAGAUUCAGCCACCACUGUGAACUCAACAUCUAGUGUAGCUUCAGUCACCACUACAAAUUCAGUCACCACUGCCGAUUCGGCCACAACUGCGAAUUCAGCCACAACCACGGAUUCAGCCAACACUGUAGAUUCAGGCACCUCUACGGAUUCAGCUACAACUGCAGAUUUAGUCACCACUACGGACUCAGGCACCGCUGCUGAUUCAGCCACCACUGCUGAUUCAGCCACAACGACUAACUCGGCCACUACUACGGAUUCAGCGGCCACUACCGAUUCAGCAACCACUAUAAAUUCAGCCACCACUACAGAUUCAGCCACAACAGUGGAUUCAGCCACCACUAUAACUUUAGCCACCACUACAGAUUCAGCCACAACUGUAAAUUCAGGGACCACUACGGAUCCAGGCACCAUUACGGAUUCAGCCACAAGUGUGGAUCCAGCCACAACAGUCGAUCCAGCCACUACUACGAAUUCAGCCACCGCUACAGUCUCUACAACUAGAAUUUUAGCCACUACUACAACGGAUUCAGCCACCACUGCGGAUUCAACCACCGCUGUAGCUUCAGCCACCACUGUAGCUUCAGCCACCACUAUGGAUUCAGCCACCACUACAGAUUCGGCCACAACUGCGGUGUCAGCUACGACUGCUUCCAAUUCAGCCACGACCUCUUCAGACUUAACUACAACUGCUGAGAAUUCAGCUACAACAACUGCAAAUUCAGUUUCAACAUCUUCGGAUUCAGCUACAACUUCUUCAGAUUCAGCCACAACUGCUGUGAUUUCAACUACAACUACUGCAAGUUCAGCUAUGACUUCUUCAGAUUCAACCACAACUGCUGGGAAUUCAGCUACAACAACUGCAAGUUCAGCUAUGCCUUCUUCAGAUUCAACCACAACUGCUGGGAAUUCAGCUACAACUACUGCAAGUUCAGCUAUGACUUCUUCAGAUUCAGCCACAACUUCUGUGAUUUCAGCUACAACUACUGCAAGUUCAGCUAUGCCUUCUUCAGCUUCAACCACAACUGCUGGGAAUUCAGCAACAACAACUGCAAGUUCAGCUAUGCCUUCUUCAGAUUCAACCACAACUGCUGUGAUUUCAGCUACAACUACUGCAAGUUCAGCUAUGACUUCUUCAGAUUCAACCACAACUGCUGGAAAUUCAGCAACAACAACUGCAAGUUCAGCUAUGCCUUCUUCAGAUUCAACCACAACUGCUGGUAAUUCAGCCACAACUACUGCAAGUUCAACUAUGCCUUCUUCAGAUUCAACCACAACUGCUGGGAAUUCAGCUACAACUACUGCAAGUUCAGCUAUGACUUCUUCAGAUUCAACCACAACUGCUGGAAAUUCAGCAACAACAACUGCAAGUUCAGCUAUGCCUUCUUCAGAUUCAACCACAACUGCUGGUAAUUCAGCCACAACUACUGCAAGUUCAACUAUGCCUUCUUCAGAUUCAACCACAACUGCUGGGAAUUCAGCUACAACUACUACAAGUUCAGCUAUGACUUCUUCAGAUUCAACCACAACUGCUGGUAAUUCAGCUACAACUACUGCAAGUUCAGCUAUGACUUCUUCAGAUUCAACCACAACUGCUGGUAAUUCAGCUACAACUACUGCAAGUUCAGCUAUGACUUCUUCAGAUUCAACCACAACUGCUGGGAAUUCAGCAACAACAACUGCAAGUUCAGCUGUGCCUUCUUCAGAUUCAACCACAACUGCUGUAAUUUCAGCUACAACUACUGCAAGUUCAGCUAUGACUUCUUCAGAUUCAACCACAACUGCUGGAAAUUCAGCAACAACAACUGCAAGUUCAGCUAUGCCUUCUUCAGAUUCAACCACAACUGCUGGUAAUUCAGCUACAACUACUACAAGUUCAACUAUGCCUUCUUCAGAUUCAACCACAACUGCUGGGAAUUCAGCUACAACUACUACAAGUUCAGCUAUGACUUCUUCAGAUUCAACCACAACUGCUGGUAAUUCAGCUACAACUACUGCAAGUUCAGCUAUGACUUCUUCAGAUUCAACCACAACUGCUGGGAAUUCAGCUACAACUACUUCAAGUUCAGCUAUGCCUUCUUCAGAUUCAACCACAACUGCUGGUAAUUCAGCCACAACUACUGCAAGUUCAGCUAUGACUUCUUCAGAUUCAACCACAACUGCUGAGAAUUCAGCUACGACAACUGCAAGUUCAGUUUCAACAUCUUCAGGUUCAGCUAUAUCUUCUUCAGAUUCAACCACAACUGAUGCAGGUUCAGCUACCACUGCUUCGAGUUCAGCUACGACCUUUUCAGAUUCCUCUACAACUAGUACAGAUUCAGCCACUGCUGCAACAGAUCCAGCGACGACUUCCUCAGGAACGAGUUUGACUUGCUACAGCUGCUCGGGUAAUAUGAGUGGUUGCGGAGAGGCAAGGACAUCCUCUGAUGCAACAUGCGCUAGUGGCGAAUAUUGUUGGAUAAUCUUGCACCAAUACGCCAGGACGCCGUACAACUUCACCAGGACAUGCUCCUCCGAGGCAUGCGGCUCGACCUAUAUGGAUACAGAGAUGUGCUCUACGUCAGGAUUAAAUUCGCUGUGCAGGAAAUGCUGCAAUACAAACCUAUGCAAUGCGGCGACAUUGGCGGGCUAUCUAGGCAGCUCCGCCUUUCGACCAACUGUUGAUACGGGCAUUCUGUUACUGGUGGUGACACUGGUUUUAUCGCAAGUUCUCAUGCUAGACGCGUGAGCAAUCUGAACGUUGGCAAUCGGGUUGAUGACUGUUCAUUUUGGGUUGGUGAGAGGUACAAGCUAGAAGUGUGCACCGUUAACAUUUAUUGCUACAUGUAGCUGUGUGAUAUACUCAUUUGAAAGUCCUUUAAAACACUGUGAUGUAUAUAGGAUCUCACUCCAAGGAGAGGAAGUCAGUGGAAUAAGACGUGGUUGAGUUGUAAUCCAAGGCGUUUUUCUCAGGGUUGGACUAUACAUCCCUUAGGGAACCUUCAUUUACUUUUUCAACGGGGUCAGAAUACAAGGUAGCUCCAUAUGAAAGUGCUCAUGAACGGACAUUUUGGACUUGGUUGACGUGUAAAAAGUCCAAUGAUGUCAGGGAUCUGGCGUGUUGUUUCAGUGUC